AUGUAUCGACCCAUCCAGGUUGGACCUGCUCCACCGCAACGGACGAUUGAACCCGGGCAAGAGCCCCCGACACCAAAUGUGACGAACCCAAAACUCCAGUCGAAGAGGGGUCGAAUCACGGCCAUCGCAUGUGUGCCAUGCAAGAAACGCAAGAGCAAGUGCAAUGGUAUUCGGCCGACCUGCAAUACGUGCGCCCAAAAGGGAACCCAGUGUGGCUACGACAUGGGCGAGGAGCAUCGAUGGCAAGGUACGCUGCGAGUGAACGUAAGGAAACUCGAGAAAGAGCUCGAAGACCUCAAGUCAAUUCUGCCUCUCUUCGCGACGUCGUCUGAGAGAGAAGCAGCUGCCAAGCUCGCGGUCGAGAUCCAGGAAAACGGCUUUGCUGCCCGGUCUGUCGAGGAGGUUAGAAGGAUACUGCAAGGCGAAGGUCCAAUGACGGAAGCUCCUCCCAUACGAGGUAAUACAACUACCAGAUCCGUUACGCGUCUCGAAGUGCCCAGCUCCUCGUUCACUUCCGGAUACACUCCCGAAGGGGAUUCCAACGUUCAGCAGACUCCCGUUUCGGAAAGCAGUUGGUCGUCAGCCGAAAGUCCUUUUUAUUCGCAGUAUACAGCCGACGAGACAACAUGGAGUUACUCAAUCGAGGACGAAUUCAGCCAUAUGGGCAACCCAGCGUCGUAUGCAGAAACUUCAUCGAAUGCUUCUACGCUGCCUGAUAGCAGCAGUGCAGUUGUGCCAAGCCAUGGCAAAUUUCCAGCAGCUGAAGGCUAUGCGACGUCCAGCCAAAGUGGGAACGUUAGCCAGCUAGGAGGUAGUUACCCGCGGUUGUCACCUUCAGCCAUAAGCACAAUGUCCUCCGCAUACGUCCAAUCACGCAGACAACUGAUAGUGGACGGUCAUCAUCCAUCGUUGGUUCUAGGUCCACCGGAAGUUGAUGUUGAGACCACGCUGAGGACGGGCAUUCCACAGGAAAACCAACCUGUAGGUACCUGGGCCGCAGGUAUGGCCGCUCAUUACCUAGCCGAGCGUGGGUUUCCUGAGAAGUUGGCGACAGCGAUGCUUGUCAAGGACCUGAUGCGGUGGCAGAUAGCUCCAUGUAAGGAACACUUCGAGAGUUUACCUGACUGGCUUCGGCCAGUGGCCUCUCAAACCUAUGUUCCGCACGACCCUUUGGUGGAAUAUCUUCCAUGGCCUGCGGUUCGCGAUCUUUUUGUUCACGAACCUGGAAUGUUCAACGCUAAUGUCGUUGCGAUAUCCAUAUCCGUGAACUGGCCUUUUCCCGAUACGGAAUCCUUUUUUGUGGACCCGAAUACCAGCAGAUUCAGGCUUACUGGUCGCUUCGAGACUCAUGUUCGGGACCUCAACAACUGGACCUUGGGACAGUCGGCAUUCGAACAUAUUCCUGCCCUUGAAGGAAGGGUCCGUAUGACUGAGAGCGGUUGA